ACCGGGUGCGGCGAGUGUGGCCUGGGAACGUGUGCGGCCCGCGACAGCGCGAUGGGCGGUGAGAACGGCGAGCCGGUCGCCGAGCCGCGCGAGCGUGACACCAUGCUGGACGACUCUGUUGAGCCGAGCAAGCGGCGGCCUGGUCGGCUGCGCUGGGCGGCCGCCUCGCUGGGCCUGCCGCUGCGCUGGAUGCUGACGCUGGCCGUGCUGGGCCUGCUGGCGCUGUUGCUGCUGAUGAUAGUGAUCGUGUUGGCUGCCUCGUGGCCGCCGCCGCCGCCCGUGGACGAGACCGUACGCUGCGAGACGUCCGACUGCCUGCGGGCCGCCGCGCAGCUGCGCUCCAGCCUGGCCGGCGGCGACGACACGGCCUGCGACUCGCUCUGGCAGCACACGUGCUCCAGCUGGCUGCGCGACAACCCGAUCCCGGAGACGAGCAGCCAGUGGGGCGUCACCGACCAGCUGCUCUACUCGGAGGAGCGGCGUCUGCAGAGGAUCCUGUCUACGCUGCAGCGGGUGGACUCGUCGCGCUCCUACCUGUGGAAGCUGGACGCCUUCUACCAGGGCUGCAUGGGCCGCGCCGCCAAGUCGGGCCAGUCCGUGCUCAAGACCAGCCUUGUCACCAUCAUCAACAAACUAGGUGGGUUCGACGCCGUCGGCUCGUUCGAGAGGCAGGUGUGGAACCCGCUGGCCGUGGUGCGCGUGCUGCAGGCGGAGCAUAACAUCGACUGUCUUCUUCCGCGCCGACGUCGUGCCGCACCCGGACGGGGGCGGCAACAUCAUUCAGAUCGCGUCUGGAGGUGUGGGCCUGCCGGAGCGGGGCUACUACUUCCGGGCUCAUGACGACCAGCUGCGGUCCAUUUACUCCGAGUUCGGACAGGUGGCCGUUAAAAAGCUCUGUGUGGACACGCGCCACCGGCAGUCUCUGCUGUCGCUGAGAAACAAAAUACUCCGCUAUACCGUAAC